UGGAGCCUACGGGACUCCGAGAAAAGCCAAAUUCCUUCUGGGGGGCGGGGGGGAGGUGCUCAGUGAUGGGGAGAAGGAAGGCGGAGGGCGGGGAAGGCACGGAUCCGCACCGCCCUCCGCGGGGCCCCGCGCAGCGCUCACCAGCAGCCGCCUCCGCUUCCCAGCGCGCCCCGAGCAGAGGCUCAAACUGAAAGUAAAUUUUUUUAAAAAAGAAACAACCUCGCAAACCAAAGCAAACUCCAGCAAAGAUCCGCAACAAAACAGCCCCCAACCCAACAGCACAGCGACGGGGGUGCGAGGCGGUAGCUCCUGUGAAGCAGAAUAAAGAUGGCAUGGGACAUCAGUGCAGCAAAGGCUGAAGGCUUCAGACACACUGGUCCUGCUAACACCUCACUCUGACUGCCCUUGGCAUCCUGUGGGCCCGACAGUGCAACAUGGUCAGGAUGAGGAGGAAGAGGCUGUGGGCAUCUUGCAUCUGUUUUGCAGCUUUCUUUUUCCUUGUGGUGAUGCUCCAGGUAUAGGGGCAAGGGCAGGGGGGAGUAUAUAUGUGGGCAUAUUCAAAAUGUGACACAGUUCUGGAAGAUGCGAGGGAUCAUUAAAAGCAACAAAAGUGUUGUGAGAGAGGAAUGUUUGAAGACACUCUAUCAGCAGGAUUGACCUGGUGAUGCCAGCUGACCCUAGAAUUGACAUUACGUAGGGAACUCUUUGGCUCUUGGAGUUCCUCAGAAGUGUUGUACCACGCAUCACCAUGGUGCAUUGCCUCUGUCCAGCACUGCCUUCUCAGUCUUCUCAAGCAGUGUGUUUAACUGGUGAGACAGAGGGAUAUAGCUGGACCUAUCUCAGGCUGAUAUGGCAGGCUGACCAGGAUUUUGUGAGCUCUGUAACCAGUGAUCUGAGCAAUCAGUAAGCAGGCCAGCAGGCCUGACUUAACACUGGCCAUUCUUAACACUGGGAAUUCAGUAGAUGGUCAAUAAAAAAAUGAAUGAGGAGGCAUAUUGCAAGGGCUGCUCUUGCAAAUGCCUCCUAUUUUAUGAUGUUGUCCCAUGAUGUCAGUGGCAGAUGUUGGUGGUACAGCAGCAGGGACUGAACGUUCCCACCAAUAUCCCAUUACAUUUUGCUGCCGUGCAACAGAUGGCAGCAGAGGGGCAUUCUGACACAAUGGCGUCUAACAUGGAAGUGCACAUGAAGCAGUGAUGUGUACGUACUUACAGGAUUAUUUGAGUUGUAUUACUGCACUUACAUCUUACCAAAUUCCUAGACAAAUAAGCCUUAUCCCCAGCCAGCAUCCUGUCUACUUGCCAAUGUGAGAGUGUUUUCUGUGUUCUCUGUGCAGCUGCACUGUGCACAGUUGACUGUGUGUGUUGUCUCAGCAUUCUGUGUUGCACAGAGUCUAUUUAGUCCAGUUACAAUCAGUGUAUUUUACUAGACAGUAAGAGUGAAUGACAGCAAACAGUAAAAUGAAUGCAUGCAGUAACACUAUCAGGGAAGAUAAAUGUUUUCAAACAACUUAAUAUAAAUAAUACUCUCCUUCCUCCCAAUAUCCUCCUUCAGAGCCAUCCAAAAAGUGGAAGUGCUGUGAGCCAAAGCUGUCUGGUGGGUCUGAGUUCCAUCAUUCUUCCAGCUGUUCCUGGGGUGGCAUUAAGCACUGCCCGUGAAGAUGCACGUGCAAAAAGCCAUCCAUAUGGUAGCAGGAAGGUCACUGCCUUGCAGAGACUAACAGCAGCUUCUGUGUACCCUGUGGGAUCACCUCAGGACACUUGUUCCGUGGGUACUACCUGUAGAAAAGAGUGGUGUUUUCACAAAUACCAGAACUGCUGAAGCCUGAUACUUCUCUCCCAUGGCUGAUGGCAGACACUGUUGGAGGCUUCUCCUGUUAUCACUGAACUGGGCAAUUCAGAGAGUAAGGCAGCAGCAGUCUUACACAGUGGCCCCCUGAAGCCUGAUGAGAGACAUGCUUCCCAGCUUAAGAAGAAGGAGCUUUACAGCAACUUCAGGAUGGAGCCUGAUACAGAUCACUACCCCAUCCUGCUCUGGUGGUCUCCUCUGACUGGAGAGACAGGGAGAUUGGGGCAGUGUGGUGAGGAUGUUUGUUUCUUUACUGUUAACAAGACCUACCAGCACAGUCAGCUGACGAGAGCUUUUUUGUUCUAUGGCUCGUUCAUUUCCUUUAUUUCACAAGGUACUGAUUUCAGUAUAGACAGCCUACCCCUUCCUCGAAAAGGCCAUCAUGAUUGGGCCCUUUUCCACGAGGAGUCACCAAAAAACAACUACAAACUUUUCCAUGAACCAGCUAUCACCUUAUUUAACCACACUGCAACUUUCAGCCGUCAUUCUCACCUACCGCUGACCACUCAGUACCUUGAGAGCAUAGAGGUCCUCACGUCCCUGAAACAUAUGAUCCCAGUGCAGAUGAAGAACAGCCUGAGGAAGCGGCUUGCACCACUUGUGUAUGUGCAGACUGACUGCAAUGCUCCUUCUGACCGGGACAGCUAUGUACGUGAGUUGAUGUGCCACAUUGAAGUAGACUCUUAUGGAGAAUGUCUGCAUAACAGAGACCUCCCUCAGUAUCUCAGAAAUCCAUCUGCCAUGGAUGAUGGGAACUUCUAUAAAAUACUGGCUCAGUACAAGUUCAUUCUUGCUUUUGAAAAUGCUAUCUGUGAAGAUUAUAUCACUGAAAAACUCUGGCGGCCUCUGAUGCUGGGAGUGGUACCUGUGUACUUCGGUUCUCCCAGCAUUAUAGACUGGCUUCCCAGCAACAAGAGUGCAAUCUUGGUAUCUAGUUUUUCACACCCUCGAGAGCUGGCCCACUAUAUCAAAACACUGGAUCAAAAUGAUCAGGAGUAUGAGGCCUACCUGGAAUGGAAACUGAAAGGAGACAUUUCCAAUCCAAGGCUGCUUACUGCAAUGAAGGAACGCAAGUGGGGAGUGCAAGAUAUCACUCAGGACAAUUACAUUGACACAUUUGAGUGCAUGGUGUGUAACAGAGUGUGGGAAAACAUCAGAAGAGAAGAAAAGGGAUGGCUGCCCCAGAGGUGGAGUGCUCAGGUUAAACAUCUGAACUGCCCCAAACCUGAGGCUUUCAGGUUCUCCUCUUCAAAUCCCAGCCAGACCUCCCUCCAAGAGAUGUGGAUAGCAAGUUUUGAGCAGUCCAAGAAGGAAGCCUGGGCGCUGAGGAAGCUGGUGGAAAGGAACAGGAAUUUUACAGCUAAAGAAUUUUGGAUGCUUGUAUUCAAAGAAUAAAUGCAACAACUGUGAAACAAAGCGAACUCCUCAGAGAAAUCUAUGGAUUUUAUUUUAUUUUAUUUUGAAAGUUGCCUUAUUGUAUGUAGGAUUGAAAUUAGACAUGAAGGACUGACUUUAGUAUUUUCAGUGCUCAGUCUAAGGUGCUAAGCAGUAGAACCACACUACUGGAUGGUAGAUGUAUGUAUGUGUACUUAGUAGCUCAGAUGUCUGUGCAUCAUAGCACAAGUUCAUCAGGAUUCUUAGGGCCCAGUGUCAAUCGCAUAGCUAGUCCCUUUGAAGCAAAUGGAUCUCUUCCUGUCCUCAGAUACAUGCCUAUUCAUAACCGCAGGACUCCUUUCUUCCCUAGUCCAGGAUCCUCAUUUGCUGCACUGACAUCCACAAGCUGAAGAACAGCUGACAUCGUUACACUGGUACAGCUUGUGUGCUGCUUAGGAUGUAGGGAAAAAAUUGGGACUGUGUCCCUGGCUAGUUGUUUAUUAUCAAUUUCCCUGGCAUCAGCAGAUUUGGCAGGGACUUGGCGGGCUUUGUGUCCUGACACUGAAUGCCAAUGUAAAGUGCAUUAGUACUUGGCACAGGAAAGCACCAUCUGUUAGUGUCCAGGGACAGAUUGAAUGAAAAACAUGCUGGCUCAGAUUUACCCACUAUCUUCUGCUAAAAUAAGCAGAGCACACAAAUGUCUCCACUCCACAGAAAUAGGGCUGGCCUCAAUCUCACUUGCCUUCUUUUUGAUGAUGGAUUAAUUUUUGUAUAAUAUAUAAACAUGGAAUUGUGUGCUUGAAAGGUCAGGAAUAAAACUGAGAGUCAGAUGGUGCUGAAAAAUCUUCAAAAAGCUCAAGAAAACAAGCUUAAGCCAACUUCCUACCUGUUCAUACAAGACCUGAAUAAUAUAAGUUGCUCCAAAAACAAUGCCUCCUAUUUAUUUCCAUGGAAACAAAUACAAAGAGUGCAAUAACAUUAUUUGAUAAAACAAAUUCUCAGUUACAAAACACUGUUUUUCAGUGUCUUUGUUUUUGUUUUUGUUUUUGUUUUUUUAAAUAGGGGUUACUCAUCCCUAUUAGCUAUGCAUUUUUGCCAGCAAUGAAUAAAAGCCUGCAUGCUGUGCUCAUAAAAAUCUGCUCCAGCGGAGGUGACCCAGUGUCACUGUUGCUACUGCUGAAACACACCUCCCACCACCCCACUGUGCUCACACUCACUGUUUGAUCUCCACAAGUGUUCACCAAGCAUUGAUGAAUGUCAAUGGGUGCCAUUUUUCCACAUGGAGGAAUUAAAUUCCAAACCUUUGCUUCAUCUGCACUUCCGUGUCAGACGGCAUUCACUCAGACUGCCCCUGCAGUGCCAUCUGUCACAUGGGAUAUUGGUGAGAAGGUUCAACCUAUACUGCCAUACCACCCACAUCUGCUCUGACAUCAUGGACCAACAUCAUAAAAUAGGAGGCACAAGGAAAAAGCUUAGUGAUACUGAUUAUCACUUUGCAGAUUUGUACUUUUGUACAAGCUGUUGCAGCUUUCACUCCUUUCAAUCUGUGAAGUCCAUUUCCACAAGAGCUGCACAAUGGCAACAUCUCAAGUCAUUCAUACGAGGGAGAAUAAUUUUUAUGAUGACACUGUUAUGAAGUUCUUCACAUCACUGGAAAGGCAGAUUUUCAUUUGUUUCAUAAUUGAGAAAGAUGUCAAUAGUGUGCACACCAGGAAAUCCAGCUACAAAAUUUACUUAAACUAGAAAAAGAUCCUCUCCAAAUAGUAAACGCUUAAUUAUCUUUCAGUCUAGUAGAAGAAAGCAGUUUUGUAGUCACAAACCAUACAGCACUGACCUUGGUUUGUAUGACCUCAUACUUCCUUUUGAAUGAGCAACAAUCCCACCAAAAUCUCUCUUUUGGCAUUUUAGCAGUGUGGCACUCAGAAUCUGCUGGAUAGACCUAAAGCUCUCUCUCCGCUGGCCUGCAAUACAAAUUAUAGUAAGCUUUACAAAUAAAGCAGACCUUCAGAUAAUUGGUGUUAAGAUUAGAUGUAAAAGCUUUUCUAAAUCAGGAUCUAGAACUGAAUAUAAGUCCUUUAGCAUUCUCAAAGGGAAAUGCUGAAUCCCAGACUGUCACCAUCAAUUUCUGUUUCUCCUCUGUGGAUGACACAGAAUGUCUGCAGCCCAAGGGACUAACUUUUUUUGAUGUUCUAUGGUGCUAAAAAUCUUAAGCCAGGUUGUUUAAAGAUCUCAAGAGCUGCAAAAAUGAAGACUUCUAAUCUUUUUUAACAAGUGUUUCCCUGGUGGAAUCUUUCUUCCCCUGAGCUUCCCAAGUAACGUGUUAGAUAGAUAUGAUCUAAAGAUAUGAGGCAUAUUUACUCAGAGAGUCUGUGAUGCAUUGUUAUCUCUCACUUUAUGUUGGUGGAGUAGGAUGGAAGGAAAUAAUGAAUUUCUUGGCUUACAACUCACAUUCUGAAAUUCAGUGUGGUCAGUAGCAUAGAUUUCAAAAGAGGUAACAUCCCUUCGUCCACUACUCAACAAAGAAGAAAGGCAAGCUCUCAUAGUGAUUGGCUUAAGGUGCACUGUGAUAUGGGAUAAUUGUCACUCACUCUCACAAGAUCCUCUCAUGAUGCAGCUUUUCUAAAGGACAGAGUUCUUGGCUUCUACAGGCUAGUUCAGAGCAACCUAAAAUUGGUUUCUUGGUCUUAAAUCACCCUUUGGAGCCUUUUCUCCUGUGCUGGGUGGAAGGAAGUUUUAGUGAUCAUCAUUCUGGGAUAUUUGGAUAUACUAUGACAGUGAUUUCUGCAAGUUAGUGAAGUGUACACCUACUGCCCUGAAGAAGAAUAAGCAGAAUCUGCUGAUCAC